CAGUCUGAUUGUUUCUGAGGUUCAGUCCGCUUUGAGGCCGAGCAGCGACUCUCUCACUUUAUUCAUUUUGAUAAUAUUUCAUUUUUAUCUCACUAAAAUUUAAAACAUUGUUUUUAUUUUUUUCGACUCCUGAUUCUGAGUCUCGUUUGAUUUUGGAUCUUUUUUCUCGUGUUCAGCAGCGUGACGUUCGUCUCAGAUGAAGGUGGAGGGGGUUCAGGAGGACACGGGCUUGAUCUCUGGCGCCGACCCUGGCUCGGCUGAGCGCUGCAUGUCCCGCCUCCUCAGCGCCGUUGAGAGCGAGCUGCAGGCCGGCCGGGAGAAGGGCGAUCCGACGGAGCGGGAGCUGAGAGUGACGCUGGAGGACGCCGAGCUGUGGAGGAAGUUUGAGCACAUCACCAACGAGAUGAUCGUCACCAAGAAUGGACGUCGGAUGUUCCCGGUCCUGAAGGUCAGCGUCUCCGGUCUCGAUCCCAGCUCCAUGUACUCCUUCCUCUUGGACUUCGUGCCGGCCGACGGCUGUCGUUGGAAGUUCGUGAACGGGGAGUGGGUGGCGGCCGGUCGAGCAGAGGGGCGGGGCGAGGGGCGGGGCCACGGCGGCAUCUACAUCCACCCGGACUCGCCAAACUUCGGAGCUCACUGGAUGAAGGCGGCCGUGACCUUCAACAAGGUCAAACUCACCAACAAGGUGAACGGAGGAGGACAGAUCAUGUUGAACUCUCUCCAUAAGUACGAGCCUCAGCUCCACAUCGUGUGCGUCGGCUCUCGCCAUCGACUCGUCUCUAACGUGUCCUUCAAAGAGACUCAGUUCAUCGCUGUGACGGCCUAUCAGAACGAGGAGAUCACAGCUCUGAAGAUCAAAUACAACCCGUUUGCUAAAGCUUUCCUGGACGCCAAAGAGCGGAACCCAGGUGGGCGGGGCUUGUCAGAGACGCUGGAGAGUCGUGCUGGGAUUCAGCCGUGCUGGUCGCUCUGCUCAGCCGGAGGGGGCGGAGCUUUUCCCUAUGGCAGCGGCCUCCCUCUGACGUCACAUCAUCACCACGGUUACAAGCACCACGGUUACCCCGGGCGACACACACCUUACCCCGCCGCCUACCUGCCACACCGCUCACACUCCACAGUGUGUUUGUCUGAAGGCGUUCAGGUGUUAUCAGACGGAUGGAGUAGCUCCUCCCCUCGCCCCGCCUCCUCCUCCUCAGUCUCCACCUCCCUCCCUCUGACCAGCAGCGCUGCUCCCUCACAGCCUCCUCCUCACAGCUCCAGUCAGUUUCCCUGUCUGUGGACGGUUGGAUGCGGUGAGCUAAGCCCCUCCCACUCCCCUUGCACCGCUCUCCACGGGCCAAUCAACAGCGAGGGUCUCCUGCAACCUCCCAAUCAUGGCAGAGUGGGCGGAGCUGGAUGGGCAGCUGGCCCCACCCACUCAUUCUGAAUCACGUCUGAAAGGAUCCUGACGAGGAUCUUUGCAUGAUGUGUGUGUGCUGACGUUUGGUGUAGAAACCUCCAUCUUUCCAUCUUGUCCUGAGGGGUCAAAGGUCAAACCUUCAUCUUUCCAUCCUGUCCUGAGGGGUCAAAGGUCAAACCUCCCUCUUGGCGUGUAAAUAUUGAUCUGUACCAUUAAAUGAAAGCACAGAGACUCAUAUUUGAUCCAGUCACAUUAAAGAGUUUAAAUAAAUGUUCCCCGUCUGCUCGUCGUCUCUCACUCUGAGAUCUUUGACGUUACUUUGAGAUGGAGACAGAAGAAGAGACCGUUUCCUGUCUGAAUCAUCAAUAAUGUUUCUCACAUGCAGCAGUCUCCGUUAUGUGCAGCGAUGCGUCUGAAAGAAUGAUGAAUAGAGAUUAAAACAAAGUGGACUUUGAUGUGUUGUGUAAAUUCGAUAUUGUUAAUUUAUCUGUUUUGUUUUUCAGUGCAUGUUCUCUUUGUGUUUCAUGUUUGACUCUAAGAUGAAAUAAAAUUAUUAAAUCAUUAAUAAA